AUGUUCAAAUUUGUGGUUUACGCCUCUGAGAAGACGUUACGCCUCGAGAGUGAUCCAGAAUCUACAAAAGUGUUAGCCCUCGUCGACACCGUAGGAUCUUCUUUGGCUACAUUUCUUUCUUUAGUCAUGUAUAUAUGCACAGUAUAUCGAAUAAGGCAAUUAUUCAGGGAUCGAAUUACAAACAGCAGUUCGGUGGACUAUCGCCUUCUUUUAUCAGCACUUAUAAUGUUCGUUGUAUACACUCCGAACACAAUUAUGCAAGUGCUCACCAUUACAUUUAAUGACAAACUAUCGAAAGUGAUGUUUAUCAAUGAUCUGUCGUGA